AUGUCUAAUGUUAUACGGUCGAUACUUAUUUUAAAUCAAACAAAGUUUAUAUAGUUUUCAUAGUGCAGAAAGUGUUAUAACAUAAACAAUUAGCGCGAUAAGUACAGAGGACAUUCGGUUACUUUUUUGGCGGCAUCACAACUGCCACAAAAAUAGAUUUUCUUGUGCAAUAUUUUAUGUGGUGAAGGCUGUGAACUGAUUUGCAUCUGGACCGGUUUAUGGAAAUAGGUCACGGCCUGUGGAGUACUUAAGAUGGACAUAUUGCGGUGAAACUUUAAAAUCGGUUGUAAUCAUAGAGCUAUCAUGGAGAACUCGACAGUCGGCGGAUUGCGGUCAAGGUCGCGCUCGAAAACACCCUUCUUGCGCUCGAGCUGCGACAGGGAGAGUUGUGGAGAGACCGAAGAGCACACACAUAAAUCUGGAAGAAAAACUCCGGUAAAAAGGAGCACUCCUAUCAAGCAACUCGAUCAACAAGGCAGCAAGCUGACGGUGGAUCCUAUAGUGGAAGUAGAUGAACAUGAGUCCCCACCCGCUCAUCGGACCAGACAGUCGGCUAGGAUCUCAGAGAAGCUGGUUAAGACCUCAGAUUACUCUUCUGAAGAGAGCUUGGAUAGACUGAAGGGGGGCAGAAAAGAGAUAUACCAAAACGAGCUCAACAGUCAGUAUGAGCGCGUAUCGACGAGCUCGCGAGGCUACAGCACGCUGGCUGACGUCACGCUUAGUCCCAUCAGUGGGUACUCGCAAUAUUCCAACGUGACCCACAAUCGGUCGGGACGGUUCGGCAGUCCGACGUACAGCGCGUGUUCAACGGACAGCUCGUUCGCGGAGCAGGCGUUGGCCGACGCGAGUAUACUGCUCGACAAGGACCCCUCGCCAGAUCAUCUGCCUUCCCGACUUUACAAGAUGGCCGGCGAGUACUGGAACAAAUACCCAAAAACGGACUACACAUACUCACCGCUAUCGCGAGAUCGGGUGGAGCUGGCUCCAGGUCAAGUGGCGGUACCCAAUAUGUCGCGCCGGUCUCUAUCGCAGUUCCGCGUCCAAGGGCCUAACACCAGCGUCGAUGAACUUGAUCGCCUCAUCUCCGCCAAUGCAUAUGUCUCUAAGUCUACGAGGAAGCGGUUCACUUCAGUGGACAGUUCGGACGACGAGAGUUACCUGCAUGGCAAUGGCGGCUACCGCCCAGUAGACCAACAGUGGUGGAUAACGCAGCUCCUAAUCACCAUAAUCACCUCCAUAACAACUGCCACGUCCAAUGUAUAUCAGAAAGUCGUGGGACCUUCGCAUCGGUAUCCUUACACCGAUCGUCAGUCGACACAAGCCGGUCUGGUGUCUCGAGCGGUGUCGUCGACUUUGGCGCCGUUCUACUGGAUUUAUACCUUUAUAAAGAAAGUUGUUACAACCACUGUCACCACUAUUACUGAAACUAUAACCCCAAACCAUGUGAGUGUGAAUGAGAAGUACACGGUGCAAAGUCAAGAAGUGCACAAACGUCACUGGUGGCCAUGGUUACUACUGCUGCUUAUGUUUCCUCUUGGAUAUGGAUGUUACCACUAUGCAGAACAAAUACUACCUCAAAAAGAAGUGAUAAUAGAUACAUACAAGUCUCCGGAGAUAGUACAUGAUCCCGAUUUGUCUAAACGCAUGGCUGCAUUAGAAAAUUGGGCAUUCAACGUCGAUUCACGACUCAAAUUUUUCGGUGAAAAACUAUCAAAAUUGGACAACUUAGAAGCUCAGAUUGAACAGUAUUCUCUCAAAUAUUUGCAGAACAACCUUAUACAAAUAUUCAAUAUGAACGACAAUUCAGAUGCUAUAGCCUUGAAGUUGAAAGAUUACUUUGAUAAGCAUUACGUUACCAAAGAUGAAAUGCAAACAAUGAGUCAGGAGAUUCACGAACGGUUGAUGAGUGCGUGGAAACCCGAGAUGGACGAAGAUAGAAUCCGUAGGAUAGUUCAAGAGUAUCUCGCAGUGUUUGAAAGGAGACAAAUGGAGUUAAUUGUAGAGAGGAUCAAGGAGUACGUGAAGGAAGUUGAAGUGAGACAUGUGGGAACAAAUUUCGAUAUUGAAGAAAUCAAGAAGGUUGUUGCUGGCAUGUUGGAAAUUUACGACGCUGAUAAAACUGGACUAGUGGACUUUGCUUUGGAAUCCGCAGGUGGCCAAGUGAUCUCAACGAAAUGCACGGAACUCUAUCAAAUCAAGACGAAGCAGUAUUCUAUUCUGGGCCUGCCGGUGUGGUGGGUGUACACUUCUCCACGGUAUGCCCUCACUCCUGGCGCCAUGCCUGCCGAGUGCUGGGCCUUCCAAGGUUUUCCGGGUUAUUUGGUAAUACGUACAUACGCGAUCAUAGAAGUGACUGGUUUCUCUCUGGAACAUAUGUCACGAUUGUUGGCUGUUGAUGGCAAAAUCGAGUCGGCGCCCAAGAACUUCUCGGUUUAUGGCCUUCACGGCGAAUUAGAUCCGGAGCCACAUCUUUUCGGUGACUACGUUUACGACUCAAAUGGAACAGCAAUACAAUACUUUCCUGUCAAGUACCCAAAGACCACUAACAUUGGUGGCAUUGAAUACCCUGUUGCCUACGACAUGAUCGAACUAAGAGUAGAGAGCAACCAUGGGAACCCGACUUACACAUGCGUGUAUAGAUUCAGGGUGCAUGGUAAUCCAUUAUCCGACAUUCGACGAGCGACUGAAGAUAGUAUAAAGGAAAGUGAAUCGUAGCACACGAUUUUAACAAGAGACACUAAAAAUUCCCAAAGGGAUUGAACAGAUUUGUAUGGAUUUUAAAUGUGACACAUGAACUUGCUUUUGACUGUCUUGUGGUUGGUUGUUGUGACUUGUGAAGUGUGCAGAAAAUUAUCUCGAAAUCGUCCACUUAAUUAAUAUGUGUUCAAUAACAUAAACAAUUGGAUAGUGAUCAUUCCUAGAAAUAUAUUUAAUUAAUGAGUCCCCGGGGCCUUCUAUUUUAAGGUUUGAACACUAAUAUAAUUUAACAAAGGUCCAAAGUACAAAUAAUGUUAUCUAUACAAUUAAAAUCAUGUGUUUAUUUAGACUACUAAGUUUGUAUGUUGUAAUUUAUAAAUUGUAAAUGUCUGACACUGCACAAUACCGUUUAAAUACGCUUAGUUGUUCUGAAUAAUUUUACCGUUAUUUAUAAUGAUUAUUGAUGAUAAGGUUUUUAGUUUAUUUUUAGGUUUUGAAUACAUAAAAAUUAAGGUUUUGAUUUUAAUAUUAGUGUUUUUUUUUCCUUGUAAAGCUGUAGAAUUCAGGAAUAAGAUCUUUAUCAUCCACCUCCAUUUUAAAUUAUACACUCCCGGAUACAUAAAUUGAGCCAUCUUGCAUUUUUAUUUUUCAAGUGCUAGAAUAAAAUUUGUUUUAUUAUCAUUGAAGAAAGAGUUUUUCCCGAUUUCGCAAAUUAAAAUUUUCACCAAAACCUUUCGAAAAUGACGUUCAGUACACCAGUUUCAAACUUGAAUUAGUUAUUGGUCAAUCAAACAUUAUUUACACAAAUUUGACAAUACAAAGUGGCUCGAAAUAUGUGUCCGGGAGUAUAUUAAUAAAUAAAAUUAUAUUAAAUAGGCAACUUAUUGUUGGGUUGAAAUAAUUUUAAUUGCAUUAAUACCUUUUCUUUUAUUCCUAAUUCUAUUAGCUAUAAUUUGAUAUGAAUUUAGACUAAUGAAGGAGCUAGUCCAGUUAGAUGUUAAUAAAUUUUAUGCCUACUAAUGUAAUUGUUUUUUCUAAAAGAUAUACCUACAUAACUGAGAUACUAACGUAGGUAAUGUUUAUUACUUUUUGUUCUCUGGUUUAGUGUUAAUCGCAUUCUUAAACCCAAUAACAAACUCAAGAUAAAAUCGCUUAGGGGUUCAAAAAACAACAUGUAACACUCGCAAUUUCUAUCCACAGCUCCAAUUGUAGCGUAAUUAUUUCACAUCACAGUAAUCAUUAGUUUGGGGGCUUAUCAGAGUACCGCCACUCACUACUAAAGCUACUAAAUGCAUGCAGUUGUAACUAACUUGCCUGCACACAAUAAUUGUCGCUGUGCACCUAGACCGCAAUCGCAAUGUAAUAAUA